AUGGUGACUACUUGCGUCGCCUCGUCAAGUUUGGCUCUACCUGUCGUUCUACGGAAUGUCUUCCGCUCGCAGUUGACCAGUAAUUUCGGCGCUUCUUCGAUAAUCCCUUGUCACGGACGCUUCAACUCUCAUUCUCCUAUUUUCCCUCGGAAUAGCCAGCCUAAACGAUCCUUCAGCUCCAUCCCGCGUCUGUAUGAUUCUCAACCCGAACAGUCAAAACCCACAGCCCCUGAAUCCGCGGUCUCUACCGAUGCUGUGCCAUCGGAGAGGAAGCCUGCGCGCAACUUUAAGUCAAAAAGAGCAUUCGAUGCCCCGGGCAAGAAUGGUGGUUGGAACACCCACAGGCAUCAGUCCAAGGGCCAGCAUUCAGAGCGUUUAGACUCAGAACAUAAAACCGGAAGGACCGACAAGGAGCGCAGGGCUUUCCGCAACGAAACUCGAAAGGAGGCCAAGAAGCAACCCCGUAACUGGGAAGCUGAGAACGCAAAGGCAAAGGAAGAGAGAGAGAAGCAGAGGAAGAGAAAGCCAGAGAAUUGGCAAACGCAAAAAGCAGCACUAAAAGAGAAGUUUGCGGGCGGUUGGAACCCACCUAAGAAGCUUUCACCCGACGCGCUGGAUGGAAUUCGUCAUCUUCAUGCGAAGGCCCCGGAACAGUUCACCACCGCCGUUCUUGCACAGGAGUUUGAGAUGUCCCCGGAAGCCAUUCGCCGAAUCUUGAAAAGCAAGUGGCGUCCAACGGAAGACGAGAUGGAGAGUCGGCGCAAGAGAUGGGAGAACCGACACGACCGAAUCUGGAGUCGCCUGGCUGAACUUGGUCUGCGUCCUUCGACUCUGAAGACUCGACCUAUUUCGGACUUCCAUGUUCUGUAUAAAGAUAAUGAUGACAAAUGA